AUGUCUCCUUCGACCACCCUCGCAGAGACAGUCGUCUCACCCUCUCCAGGCCCGAAAAGAGCAGCAACAUCACUGCUUCCCGCCUUCGAACCGCUGUCUUCGUCACCGGCUUUACCCAGACCCCUCAAACGAAACAGAGAUGUUCUCGACGAGCACACGACCUAUCCUACACCCGUACCUACUUCUUCUACCGCUAUUCUGUCUUCCUCACCAGCACAUGUAGCCAAAUCCCGACCUAGUCUUCCACGGACCUCGUCUACCCUUGCUGAACGUACUCCUCUGGGUGCUGUGCCCUCUAUCCAAUUGCAAGCCGAUGGCAAGGUAACGCGUAUGGGAAGAUCCAGCGCUUCUUGCGACUACCAAUUCUCCUCGAACCGUCUGAUCUCCAGAGUCCACGUGGAAGCUUGUUACAAAGUUGCCGGUUCGCGUCUUGAGCGUGAUCGUGUCGAAAUCACAUGUACUGGUUGGAAUGGGAUCAAGAUACAUUGCAAGGGCCAGGUCUAUGAGGUCAAGAAGGGAGAGACGUUUUCGUCCGACAUUAGAGACUCUGAGAUCAUGAUUGACGUUCAUGACAGUCGCGUCGUCGUGGAUUGGCCUCCUAAACCUCACCUGGGCGCCUUCUCUUCUGAAGACGAGGAGGAGGAUAGUUCUCCGGCCAAGCGCCAGCGCGCCAUGAUGCGCCAUUCAACACCACCCAGCCCAAGCCCAAUGCAGGUUCGACGACGACUUGCUUCUCCCAUCUCCCCAUCACCCGCGGUUCGAGCUGUAAUGCCCUCCUCACCGCCACUUCCUCCAGCUACCGUCGAAAUAUAUGAGGAUCCCGAACCAACCAACGAGAGCAGUGGAACGGUCACCGGUACUGAAGUGUCACAGUCUACACUGGCAUUGUCACAGAACUUGGGACACGCCGAGACCUCUCAGAAUAGUGCUGCGUUGUCUGCCGAAGAGUUUUCGGACAAUGACGAGGAAAACGAUCCCAUCAUCCAUUCUUUCGGACCGUUUGGUGCAAAUCUGCUGCCACGCAUGGCGUCAGUCUCCGCUGGAGAUUCACCUUACCCUAGUGACUCGGCAACAAGCACACGUUCUUCCCACACAGAACCUCUUCCUCACAGCGACGGUUUGAGCUCACCUAAAAAGAAAGACCCAGAAUUUGACGUGCAGGGGCACAUUAUCAACCAGCUCGCCUUCUCGAGAUUGUCAUCUACUCCCUUGUCCACCAUUCUAAGCCACCUUCCCCGCGAGGCUGGUGUUUUGUCCAUCAAUGAAAUCAGAAACCUCAUCCGUGAGACAGCGUGCAUUGGUGAAGUUGCCAGGGAAGGAAAAGAUGCGGCGGGCAAGCCUCUGGAAAGCGAAUUUUACUACAUUCCAGACCAAGAUGAGGAUGAGAAGAGAAAGGAAGCUGUAGUCAAUGAUUUACGAAAGCCGGGCUUGCGAGCUUGCCGCAAACAGCACAAGCAAUACUUCUGGCGGAAGCCCAAAUAG